AUGAGCCGAUACGCGGACGAGCCUUGUCUAUCCUUGGAGGCGUAUGCAGGACUAUCCCAAGUUUUCACCCGAUUGGGAGACUUCGAGCGGGGUCUCCAGUUGGCCCAGAAGGGAGUGAGCAUAUCGUCAAGUUUCCAGAUCUGUGAUCUCCGUACCACAUAUACACGGCUCGCCUUGCUUCAUCUGGUUCUUCCUCUCCGUAAACUACAGCACCUCGGCGUUGCCUUGGCCCUCUGCAAGGAUGUUUUGAAGAUGUGUUACUAUGCUGGAGACGUCUAUCUCCUCACCAGAUGCCUUAUUUGCUUGGGGGAUGUCUACCGUCAUGCUUUCGAUCACACGGGGUUGGAGAGGGCGAUCCAUUGUCAUAUGGAAUCGGCAUACGAGGAACUGGGCGACAAGGCUGGUCAAAAGGAGCAGGUGUGUCGACGCCUUGGAUUGGAGAAAGACUUGGAAAUGGCCUGUGGUUUUUGCAAUCAGCCAUUCCUUGCCCCUUCCAAACUCCUGGCUUUGCCCUGUUCUCAUCUCUUUCACUCCAAAUGCGUGAGGGAGAAGAUGCUUGACGAUAAAGACGUCGAUGACGAUGUCGAUGACGAAGGGAGCAUGAAGAAGGGACCGUGUCCGGAGUGCGGGCAAAGCGUCAGUACGAGGUCAAGACCGUCUUCGAUCGGCUAUGAGGAAGCCAGAGCCUUCUCAGUCUCACCCCCGACACUGGAGGAUCAUGCUUCCAGCUCGUUCAUUCCUCCCAACGUUUCUCUCUAA